UGCAAUACACAGGAAGAAGGAAGUGAGGUCUGAGGUGGUGGUCUGGAGUCGAGACACACUUAACGCAUUAAAAGUGUACUGAAAUAAAUAUAGGCAACACAGCACAACACAUGAAUACAGCCAACCUGUUGAUGAAAAAGACAGAAAAGGAGUGACUGAGGAGUGAGAAUGACAAAGAAUAAAGGUGAAGCACGGAAGUUUGACCCUACCUUCAAAGGACCCAUCCACAACAGGGGCUGCACAGAUGUGUUCUGCUGUAUUCUCUUCAUCUUGGCCAUCCUGGGAUACUUUGCUGUGGGGAUCCUGGCCUGGUCUCAGGGGGACCCCAGGAAGGUUAUCUACCCGACUGACAGCAGAGGACAGUUCUGUGGCCAGGCCGGGACCCCCCUUGAGAAGAAACCUCUCCUGUUCUACUUCAACAUCCUGAAGUGUGCCAGUCCCCUGACCCUGCUGGAGUUCCAGUGCCCCACCACUCAGUUAUGUGUGGAAAGCUGUCCUACCAAACACAUGACGUUGCUGAAAGCCUACCUGAACAAAGGAGAGCAGGAGUACUACAAGCAGUUCUGCAAGGAAGGAGUGGACUUCUCCAAAAUGAGUGCUCCCGAGAUCCUGAGGGAUGGCCUGUGUCCUUCCAUGCUCAUGUCCAGCAAACCAUUCACUCGUCGGUGCCUUCCAGCUCUCAGUACCAUGAAAGGUGGUGUGGUUGUCGUUGGCAACGAGACUAUUUUUGACAACGGGGAGGGAGAGAAGGUGAACGCCACUGAUUUUCUGGACGCUUCAAAGAAGUCCAAUGUGGUUGUUGAGGCUCGCCAGGUAGCCAUGAGGAUCUUUGAGGACUACACUGUGUCCUGGUACUGGAUACUGAUUGGUCUGGUGAUAGCCAUGGUGGUCAGUCUCAUCUUCAUAAUCCUCCUGCGCUACCUGGCUGGGAUCAUGAUCUGGGUCAUGAUCGUCAUGGUGAUACUGGUCAUCGGAUAUGGGAUCUUCCAUUGUGCCAUGGAGUACCGCAGCCUGAAGGGAGAGCCGGGUUCUGACGUCACUAUCCGUGAUCUGGGACUGCAGACAGACUUCUCUGUUUACCUGCAGAUCAGACAGACCUGGCUGGCUUUCAUGAUCAUCCUGUCCAUCGUGGAGGUGGUUGUCAUCCUGCUGCUCAUCUUCCUCAGGAAGAGAGUCCUCAUCGCCAUCGCCCUCAUCAAGGAGGCCAGCAGGGCUGUUGGCCAUGUGAUGUCAUCACUGUUCUACCCACUGUUGACCUUUGCCCUGCUGGCCCUGGUCAUAGCCUACUGGGCCAUCACCGCUGUCUUCCUGUCCACCUCCAAUGAGCAGGUGUACAAAGUGUUCAACACCACUGAGUGCGAUUACUCCAGAAACACCUGCAAUCCCGAGACGUUCAACACCACCAACAUCACAGCCCAGUGCCCGGACGCCGAGUGCCUGUUUGCCUUCUACGGAGGCGAGACCUACUACCAUAAAUACCUCAUCCUGUUCCAGUUCUACAACGUGUUCCUCUUCUUCUGGUGUGCUAACUUUGUGACGGCGCUGGGUCAGGUGACCCUGGCUGGGGCCUUCGCAUCCUACUACUGGGCCUUCAAGAAGCCCGACGACAUCCCAGCCAACCCCAUCUGCUCCUCACUUGGUCGAGCCCUCAGAUACCAUACAGGCUCCCUUGCCUUCGGUUCCCUCAUCCUGUCUCUGGUUCAGGUCAUCAGGGUUCUGCUGGAGUACCUGGACCAGAAGCUGAAAGCUGCCCAGAAUCGCUUUGCCAAGUUCCUGCUCAGCUGCCUGAAGUGCUGCUUCUGGUGCCUGGAGAAAUUCAUCAAGUUCCUCAACAGAAACGCCUACAUCAUGGUGGCAAUAUAUGGUAAAAGCUUCUGUACCUCAGCCAGAGAUGCCUUCUUCCUCCUCAUGAGAAAUAUAAUCAGGGUGGCUGUCUUGGACAAGGUGACUGACUUCCUAUUGUUUUUGGGGAAGCUCCUCAUCGUUGGAAUUGUGGGAAUCUGUUCUUUCUUCUUCUUCUCUGGGAGGAUUAAGGCUGUGGAGCAGACUGCCCCCUCUCUCAACUACUACUGGGUUCCCAUUCUGACGGUGGUGGUGGGAUCCUACCUGAUUGCCCAUGGAUUCUUCAGUGUGUAUGCUAUGUGUGUGGACACACUCUUCCUCUGCUUCUUGGAAGACCUGGAACGCAAUGACGGAACUGCAGAGAGACCCUACUUCAUGUCUCAGAACCUUCUCACCAUUCUGAAGAAGUCCAACGAGGAUCAGGCCAAGACUGUAGACUAGCUGUUGGUGUGUGCGUGCGUACGUGUGAGGAGAACAGAGAAAGAUGCGGUCAAGCCGCCUUGCCUGCGCAGUGUGCUGUGUGUGUCGAAUGUGAUCAUGAUACUGUACGGCUACAGAAGGAUGCCAUCGUCACAAACGGAGAGGGCUGAAUGAGUAGCCAACAUAAUCCGUUGUGUUUCCCACAGAAGGUGUCUAUGACAGAGCUUAUAGUAUUUGGUUUUUUUAAAAGAUGUAAAUCUGUUCUUGUUUUAUUAUCAUUUUUGUUGUUGCUUUUUGUUGUGCCUUUUGUUUGGCUAGGCUGUUUUACUUUGGCUAGGCUGUUUUACUUUGGCUAGGCCGUUUUACUUUGGCUAGGCCGUUUUACUUUGGCUAGGCUGUUUUACUUUGGCUAGGCUGUUUUACUUUGGCUAGGCCGUUUUACUUUGGCUAGGCCGUUUUACUUUGGCUAGGCCGUUUUACUUUGGCUAGGCCGUUUUACUUUGGCUAGGCCGUUUUACUUUGGCUAGGCCGUUUUACUUUGGCUAGGCCGUUUUACUUUGGCUAGGCCGUUUUACUUUCUGCAGUCCUCUUGAAACUCUCUUUGAAUAUACAAAACUUUGCUACCUUUUUGGGGUUUUGUGGCUGACUCUGUAUAAUGUGUUCAAUUUGAGCACACGUUUUACAUGAGAAUUCUCCAAGUUUUUGUCAGUUUUCUCAAAUGUAUAAUGAAUUACAUAGAUUUUCUCACGUUUAAUUUACAAAAAUGUUUUGCUUAAAUGCUAAAUCAUUUUUGCAUCAGGUUUGUUAAUAAUAUUAUUUGUCACUAUUGCUGCUGUUGAUCUUUGCAUAAUGGCUGCAUAUUGCAGUGUAGAUUUACUGUAACUUACCAAAGUAAAGAAAACAUGUUCUAAUGCAGUAUUAGUUUUGGGACUGAAGGUUUGUUAAGGAGUCCAUGGGCCAGUGAAAAAUGUAGUCCACUUUGGAGUGGUAAAGGUUUAAUAGUCUCAUCUUAUUCCCCCCAUUCCUAAGAACAAAUAGAUAUGAUGCCCACUCCAAAAGAGUAGCUUUCCAAGCUUUUCACACCUUUAUAUGUCUUGUUGUUUGGGAAUCUAUGCAAUAGAAUGUUUGCAGGCUGAUAAAUACAUUUUAAGGCAAGUUGGAAUGUUCACAUGCUCAUUGAAAAUGACUGUACCAAACAACAAUAGAACAUUCCAUUGGGUGGAUCUCAUCGUAAAAACAUGGUAUUUGGUACAUUUUUGCCAUCUCUUCGAAAUGAUUUACCUAGACUGACUCAUCGUUGAAACAACACUGUUACAAAUGGCGGAACUAGAUAUUUCUAUACUUCCCAUUCUGUCCUGAUAUACCCCAAAAUGCAUACAUUUAUGACCUUUGACCCCCGAAAGAUUGGACCAUAGAGAUGUCAUUACCAUUCCAUUUUUUUCAUACCUUAAUAUGUUGUAUUAUGAAGUGAAUAACGUAGAAAAUUCCAUUUGUUUGAAAAGAUUGUUCCCCGAUAAUACAACAUUAUUUCAUACCAUCAAUCCUGUGGCACCAACUAACCACAUAGAAGUCAAAACAUAAAAUGCACACAUUUACCUACCUCAGAAUCAUGGGUAUCAUACCAACAUGUAACCUAAAUGAAAAUCCUCAUUAGACUUUGCCACCCCAAAGUAGACAAAUAUGUGAAAUUUGGCCUGCUGGCCCAUGGACUAUUUACUUAACCUCAAAUGCAAGCUUUUGUAUAUUUCAUUUUCAAGAGAAGGAUUGUGUUAACGUGUGUUUUUGGAGCAGGAUGUGUUGUAAAUAAUAAAGUUGUUUUUUUUACUGCUACAUA